AUGUACGCCGGCGGUGGCGGGGACGACGACGACGACGCCGAGGGUGACGAGUUGAACCGUCACCAUCUCCUAUAUUUGAGACACACACUCCCCAGCUUGCCUCAGGAGGUCAAGAACCAGAUUUCCGCGUGCCUCGGCAACGACCGUCUCAGAAAGCUCGAGCGGGAGGCCCAGAGGAAGCUCAAGAAGAGGGCGGAGGAGGAGGAGGCCGCGCCCAGCGCCCAGCGCAGCGGCCACCGCAGGAAAUAA